AUGUACAAGUAUAUAGUUCCAUUUCAAGUCCCUGAUGUACAUCAUUCUCAGUGCUUCUUGUUUGUGCAUCAUUCUGCUGGCACAUUGGUCCCUAAGGUUAGCAACCUCCCUUUGCAGCGGAUGUUCCAGGAUGCGUGUCAAAGCACCAACCAGCUGAAGGCUGAGGAGAAGCUUCUCCUCGAGAACUUCCCUUUGUUCCUUCUCAUGCUUGCAAACAAGACCCAUGCUGGCCAGGCCUGCCCAGUGCUGCAGGACCGAGUGGUGUUGCUUUUCCAGCGCAUCAAUGCGAUUGCUUGCACUUCCACUCAAGCGCCACGCUUUGGCCUGGCAAAGGAAGCCUUGCUCCCCUUGUCUCGCGAAAGCACCCGACGCACGAGCAUUCAGUCCUCCAUGAUGGAGGAGCCGCGGCGGCAUGACGAAGCUGGUCUUUCUUGGGAUGAGCUUUUAAGUUCGACCUUCUAG